AUGGCUGAAACUCAACAUCGUCCUUCCCAGCAACCUUCAAACGGAUCACAGGAGCCGCCUGCUCCUACCUCCACCGCACCUCCAGAGACGGCUGACUCUGCUAUCAAACCAGAUCCUGAUCUCGACGCUUCCAUCGAACAAGAUAUCAAUAUGAACGCAGAACAGAAUGCCUCCGGUGCUACCGAUGAGAAUGCGCCUGGCCUUGACUCACUCGCUGCUGCACCGCCACCGACCAAAAAGGAGACUGGUUUGCGCGAGUUUCUAGGCAAGAUGGAUGAUUACGCCCCUAUUAUCCCUGACGCUGUAACAGCCCACUACCUCACUUUGGCCGGCCUUCCACCUCCAGGCACGGGGCCAAACCAAACACCUCCGCACCUCGCCCGCCUCCUCGCGUUGGCCACCCAGAAAUUCGUCUCUGACAUUGCUGCCGACUCAUACCAGUUUGCUCGGAUUCGCGCCUCAAACAGCUCAUCCGCCAGCAACCCGAUGGGCAGUCUGAACGCUGCUUCUGGUCUAGGCGUCCCUGCCGGCAUGGGCGCCGCGCCAGCAGCCAGUGGUGGUGAAAAGGGCGGCAAGGGCAACACCCAUUUGGGUAUCCAACGUCCUGGCUUUGGUGGUGGUGGCUCUGGUGGGUCUGGACAAGGACGGACCGUCUUGACGAUGGAGGAUCUGGGCAUGGCUGUUUCGGAAUAUGGCGUUACCGUCAAGCGGGGAGAAUUUUACCGAUAA